UUUGUAUCUCAUUUUCCCGGAAGACUCAGUUGUCAGUUGAAGUCCACACGUUGUAGCUGCAGUAUCUGUGUAGAGUGCUCUGUGAUUUUCACUUAUUAGGCUAUGUCUGACAAUAAUAUUAUCAAAAUACGUGUAUUGCUUACAAUAUUCUAUUGUCUACUAAGUAUCCUCCAUAACAAGGUUCAGGGACUACCACAAAGCCAUUUUAACUUUGAUAUAGGAAGGCCACAAAGCUCUUUCAAUUCUGGUGGUCAUAGAGAAUCUAUAAUUAGACAAUCGUCAGUUUCUUGGUCGCGUCCGAAUUAUGGUCAAAUUCCAGAACCAGGGCUAUUGGCAAAUCCUUUGUCCACGCACUUUGGCGACCCCUCACAGUCUGUCGUACAUUCUUCUGGUAACUGGAAAACAUCGUCGAAAACUGUUGUGAAGGAAAAUGGAAAAGUUGUCUACGAAUCUGAGGAUCACGAUGGAGGAGACUUGGGUGGACAUUACAAUCGAAAUGAUCCUUUCCAAGGGAUAGGAAAUACCAAUCGCUAUGGGAUUCCAUACAACAGGAUCAACCCGCAAGAUCGCUUCAACGAAUUUUUCCCACCAGAGAGAGAACCAUUCCCCUCUGGAGCUCGUCGACCAUAUCCUCUACAACCAGACGACUCAACUGAGACGACUAACCCCCCGAAGACUGAACCCCCGACGACUGACCCCCCGACGACGUCUGCUCCGAUUGUGAGGUCGACGCCGAUUGAGAGGAGAACGACGCCAACUGUCACAAAUCCCAGCGAACACUGUGAAAAGUCACAAACUACAGUUAACGGAGUUCCAGCGUGCACCAAGUCCUUGAUAUUUGAGUCAAAUUUCAAAAACAACCUCGAUAGACAUUGGACAAGUGAUAUACAUUUUAAUCGAGAUGAGAGUGAGUUCGUAGUUUUCGACAAUAACCCAGUCAACGUAUAUUGUAAAUCCAAUGUUCUCAAUAUUGAACCAACAUUGCUGGAUGAUUACUAUGGAGAGAAUUACACACGCACACACUCUCUAGAUCUCACCACCAAGUGCACUACAAGGGAAGAAGGGUUAUGUAAAAGGGAAUGGUUCAUUGCAACUAUACUUCCUCCUGUAAUGUCAGCAAGAAUCACAACUAAGGAAAGUUUUUCAUUCAAAUAUGGAGUUGUAGAGAUCAAAGCAAAACUCCCAAGAGGAAACUGGGUCAUUCCAGAAAUAUGGCUCCAGCCCAAAGCCUUCAAUCCUUACGGAGCUAAGAAUUCCGGGAGGGUUGUUCUAGCCAAAUCAAUAGGAAAUUCCGAUCUUCAUCAUGACGGAAUCUCGAUAGGCAACAAUUUGCUCUAUGCUGGACUUGAAGUGAAUGAGACAACAAGAAAAUUCAGGAAAAUGAAACGUGAAGGACUCUGGUCUGAUCAAUUCCAUGUCUAUAGACUCAAUUGGACGCCAUAUGGAAUGAAAUUUUCUGUUGAUGGCGAAAGUUUUGGUGAAUGGCUUGGAAAUAAGAAUUCUCCCCUUCUUGAAGCAAAUGGACUUUCCCAAGAAUAUGGACCUGUCUCACCUUUCGAUCAGGAAUUUUACUUGCUUCUUGGAGUACACGUUGGUGGAUACCACGAUAUUCCAAAUGGGGCCGUGAGUGGCGAUCAACCAAAACCCUGGAGAAAUAGCGAUCCUAAGAGAGUGAUCGUCUUCUACAAUGAUCUCAAAAACUGGUAUAAGACCUGGAAUGAUGAUACGAAACUUCGAGUCGAGUACAUAAAAGUGUGGGCUUUAUGAGAAAUAGCUUUGUUUACGGGUAUUUGAUUAUUAGCCUAAUAUUUGGUAUCUAUCUUGACUGCACCAUGUUCACAAUAAUCAUCAUUGCAUGUUGUAUGACAUAGAUAACAGCAAAAACAGAUUAAUUAUUAUUAUUAUUAUUAAUGCACAUUGCAUUAGACUUGUAUGUUGUAGUCAACAAACAACAUGAAUACUUAACAUUGAUUUAGCAAUCGAUUUUUAACAUUUUUUCACUGGGAUUUCAUCAAGUUUCUGAAAAUUCAAAUUCAAUUGAAUACGAUUACUGACUUUUAUUUUGUGGAGAUAAUGUGUGAAGACAAUUAAUAAAAUUGUGAAAAAUAUAAUAUUAUGAUCUUACUAUCGUAUCUAAUAAAGCUUUUAAGUGAAAAAACACUCACAUUUUUUGAUUUGUGGCAAAAAUUGUGAGUGUUUUUUCACUUAAAAGUUUUAUUAAAUACGAUAGUAAUAAUAAUAGUGAAAACAAGAUGGAUAACCAACAACGGAUAUUAUGAUCUUUCACAAUUCGAAAUAAUAUACCGUAGGUAGUGAAGACGAUAAUUUUAUGGUCUUGUCAUUGUAUGGAAAAGUUUGAUUGAAACGUUCUCCAAGAAUCAAAGCAUUGAAGUUCAGUUUCAUGUUAAUAAUCAUUAGCCUAUAUAUUUUACUUAGAUCAUUUGAAUCUAGUGAUAUUUGGUAGUGAACAAACAGGACGAAAUCGAUCCAUAAUUGAUUAUAUCGAAUGAUAGUUGAAUAAUAGAGUAAAAGUUAUUGGUAAAACAGUAGGCUAUGUAUGUCAUUGUUCAAUAGCUAUUGAAUUAAAUACUGUUGCAAUAGAACUUUAUUAUAAGUAAUGAAGUAGUUCAAUAGCGCUACUUGAAUGUUUAAUUAUCAUAAAAAUUACUAGUACCUUUAUCAUAUUUUUUAUGAUAUUCUUUUUUAUAAGAUUAAGCAUGAAUGGAUUUUCGUAGAAUUGAUUAAUGUAUUAUUUUAAAAUAGAGAUUAGUUCUCUUAUUUUUGAUGAAGGAGAAUCCCUAUAUUAAUAGAGACUAUUAUUGAAAUACCACUAUGAUGUUGAAUCCAGUCACAUUUUAUCGUCAGAAGUAAAUGAUCACUCGAAAUAACUUCAAAAAAUGAUGAAAUAAAAAAGAAAAGACUAAAAAAUUGGGCGAUUUGUAUGAAUGAAACGUAGAAACUUAUGUCUUUGGAGACACCUGGGAUUGAAUUGUACUGUAUGGAUACCAAAUGAAUAAUAAAGGAUAAAAAUAUGUUUGUUGAUGUACCUAGUGUGGUUUUACUGUGUAGCUUACAUAAAUACAUAAUGUAAUUACUACUAGAAAUUGAUCUUUGAUACCUGUACCAUUUACUCUCUUUCUAUAGAAAACAAGAGAUCUCUUCAAAAGAGACGAAUAGGCCUAUGAUUGUUAACAUCGAGAUAAAAUGUAUAACAUGUAUAUUAGACCUACUUUCAUUUUAAGAUGUAAAAGUCCAUGACAUUCCUUUUUUCACAUUAUAAACUCAUAUGUACCCUUAUCCUUAUGUACCUUAUUAAAAAUCUACCAAUAGAUAUGUUACUUUUUUGUAUCUUUAUUGGAUUACUUGUAGUUAGCCAUUGUCAUUUAAUUUACCAAGUUAAUAUAUUUAUCGUGAGAAAAGUUUUCUAGCUCAUUUGCUAUGUUGAUAGUGUGUCGAUUUGUAUAUUAUAGAAUCAACCAAUACUUCGUA